GAAACGUUACUUAGGGCCAGAGAAACGUUACUUAGGGACACAGAAACGUUACUUAGGGCCACAGAAACGUUACUUAGGGCCACAGAAUCGUUACUUAGGGCCACAGAAACGUUACUUAGGGCCACAGAAACUUUACUUAGGGCCACAGAAUCGUUACUUAGGGCCACAGAAUCGUUACUUAGGGCCACAGAAACGUUACUUAGGGCCACAGAAGAAACGUUACUUAGGGCCACAGAAUUGUUACUGAGGGACACAGAAUUGUUACUAAGGGACACAGAAUUGUUACUGAGGGACACAGAAUUGUUACUGAGGGACACAAUUGUUACUCAGGGACAGACACAGAAUUGUUACUGAGGGACACAGGAAUUGUUACUGAGGGACACAGAAUUGUUACUGAGGGACACAGAAUUGUUACUCAGGGACAGACACAGAAUUGUUACUGAGGGGACACAGAAUUGUUACUGAGGGACACAGAAUUGUUACUGAGGGA